AUGUCGACCCAAGACAAACUUCCGAGCGAAUACACAUUCCGAGCGUGCCUUGUCAUCGCCGGGGCUUUCACGAGUCUCUUUUGCACCGUAGGCUUUUUGAACUCGUUCGGAAUAUUUGAAGAGUACUAUGCGGCAGCCCAACUUGCUCACAAAUCAUCAUCAACUAUUGCUUGGAUAGGAGCUGUUUCUAUCUUUUUCUUAUUUGCGAUUUCCGUCGCGUCCGGAGCGAUGGUUGAUAUUUUCGGUCCAGGGAUUAUGCUAUAUAUAGGUGCAACUGGCACUGUGUUUUCAGUCAUGAUGGUUUCUCUUUGUAAAGAGUACUAUCAAUUUCUCCUCGCUCAGGGGGUUCUUCUGGGAAUCAGCAUGGCAUUGGUGACCUGGCCCAUGUUGGCGCUAGUAGGGCAAUACAUGAAGCGCAAACGCGCUGCUGCCAUGGGAAUCGUCGUUGCUGGGUCAUCGCUGGGUGGAGUGGUCUGGCCAGUUGCCAUUGAGAGACUACUCCAAAACCCUCAUAUUGGCUUCCCGUGGACCAUGCGCAUCGUCGGGUUUAUCAUGCUCCUUUGCUUGCUAUUUACAUGUGUUGCAGCAAGAUCACCUGAUAAACAGGAAAAUAAUUCCAUGGAGCAAGGAACAGGUCAUGAAAGCGUCGCAGUCAAAUCAGAAAAGGAGGUCCCCAAACCAGAUCAUAAGACAGCGGCAUUGGCGUUAUUCAAGCAGCCAUCCCUGCAACUGUUGUGUCUGGCUAUGUUUAUCACUUACUUUGGCUUGUUUUCCCCACUCGUCUACACCACGUCCUAUGCGGUGCACGAAGGAUUUUCGGAGAGUCUAUCGUUCUACACAGUUUCGAUCAUCAACGGCGCUUCGUUCUUCGGUCGCAUCCUCCCGGGCAUUUUGGCCGACAAGUACGGCAAGUUCAAUUGCUGCAUUGUAGCCUCACUAUCUUCCGGGAUUGCUGCGAUGUGCUGGGCAAAGGUGACCUCUGUGCCUGGUUUGGUAAUCUGGUCGGCGGCAUAUGGAUUUUCAUCGGGGGCCAUUCUUUCACUUCAGCAAGCUUGUGCCGCGCAGGUAGCGACUUCUGAUACAAUUGGUCUGGCAAUUGGGAGCGUUGUCGGAUCCACUUCAUUGUCGGCCAUGGUGGGCGUUCCCAUUAGCGGCGCGCUUGCUGCAAAAUACAGCUACCUCUCGCUUUCUAUUUAUGCAGGGGUGUCGUUAAUACUGGGUGGCGUGCUUUUAGUCGCCUCUCGUCUGGCCCAAAAUCGACAGCUUCGAGCUAUAAUUUAG